UUCGCUGAUAUUAUGCAAUGCUAGUCAAUAUAAAGGGAUUGAACCGUUUGAGCUGAUAUCUAUCAAUCUGGUGAGAAUCUGUAUCUGUUUUGAACAUUUGUUUGACGAGCAAAGCUUUUUAUUAGGAAUCCGACUUUUGUAUAUCUGAUACUAUGGAUAUUGAAGCAUUGGGUAUAUUACACAAGCAAAAAGAUGCACUAAAAGCUUUACCAAAUCCUACAGAUAUAUCUUCCAAGAAGUACGAGGAUAAAGUAACCAAAACAAUGACAAUCGUACGUGGAGAUAUUCAGCUAGUUUCCAAGUAUUCCGAAAACAUCCUCGCAGAACUGAAAAAUGUUAGGGAGCAAAUAAAACUUUGCAGCGUCAAAAUCGGAGAGCAGAUGAAAGAACUAAUGAAACACGAUUUUUUGAAAUUAGAGAGAGUUGAACCUGGCAGGAAAUAUAGACCAAUUUCUCCAAAUGCCAGAGUUACAAGAGAACAUAUUGAAACUAAGAAAUUAGAGCAAGUUCAAGCUAUGCAGAGACUUGCAAAACAAAAUCAAGAGCUUAUGGAAUUCAUAGCUGAAACAGAAGAUCUAGUUCUAAAAAUAGAAAGUGACGCAGAACUAUCCUUUUCUGACAUAUCUGGAGUACAAGGUCAUCUAAACGAAUGGUGUGAUGGCUUGGAAACAUUGAAAGAAAAGAAGAGAAGAAUUAAAGAGGAAAAAGAAAACGAAGAAAGAGAAAAAAGAAAACAAGAGGAAGCAGAGAGACGAAGAAAAGAAAAAGAACAAAAGGAAGCAGCAGAAAAGAAACGAAAAUUGGAGCAAGAAAAGAAACGCAGAAAUUGGAAAACCUGGCCUCCUUUCAUUUACCAGAAUUACCGUCAAAAUAAUUUUAAACAAAAAUUAUGUUGUGUCCUAUUCAUCAUGCCAAACGGUAUCCAGAAGAAUGAUAUUAUUUGCGAAGGAUCUGAUGAAGUAAAUGAUCUAGCCAGAUGUCUUCAAAGCAAUGAUGAAAAAGUCAUAUCAUGUAUUAUAACAAUUACCCCUAGAGAUGACAAAGAGAUAAAGUUUCAGAUGCCAAUUAGAGUAUAUGUACCAAUAGUUUCUCAUGACAAAACUCUUGUUCCGGUAUUGAAAUAUAAUAUAAACGGAAAGAAAUGGCGAACAGGGCAGAGAUUACCAGAAGUACAACUUGAUGACGUUUAUGGUAUCUCAUUUGUUGGCGUAGAAAUUCCGUUGACACAACUGAAACAACUGCAGUGUGUAGCAGUAGCUAGACAUCCAAGAGAUGAAACGGAGGUAGAUGAAGGUGGUAAAGAGUUUGAACCAGAGGGUGAUAGAAACAUUAAACUAAAAUUUCCUCCUGCAGCAUUUCCUGGAAUAACAACCGUUGCAACAGUGACUGUGCCUUGGACUCAAAAUGACAUCAUAAAUGCGUCGAAAAGACACAGAGAGUUGGAAAAUAUGAAAAUAGCAGGUUCUUAUAUCAACAUCUCGUGUGAAAAUUCAACAAAUGCAGAUUCUGACCUUGAGAUUUACAACCUUGGAUGGGAAGUGAAUAAAAGUAUUGGUAAAAGACAUACCUUGAACCGCGAGACCCUGAGCAGAUGUAGCAGGUGGAUAGUUAACAACAUGAAUCCUGAUGACAUGGCUCUGCACUUAGAUGAUAUGUUUGAGAGCGAUUUUGCUGAAGAGCUAAUGACAAAAAAUACACAAGGAGAUAAGAAUAGACACAUUUUAUAUGAAUUAAUGGAAUCAGAUGAUGCCAGUAUUGACACUUUCGUCGAAAAUUUAAGUUCUUCACAACCAAAUGUAGCAGACAAAAUCAUUGCUGUGAAGUCAAAAGUACAAAGUUCCAGAAAAUCCAAAGAUUCAAAAUACGAUUUCAAUUUUGCAAGUGACUUUGAUCCAGAUUUCGAAAAGAAAGAGGGAAUAGUUUAUAUGGUUUCCAAAGUCAGUGGCAAAUCAUGGGAAAUAGCACCAAUAGAAGAAACUGAUGCUCAUCCAAAAGCAAGAUUCCUAAAACUUCCUGCUGGGAACAACAAUUUUCAGGUACUGGGUCUGGUUGUUCCAUUUGAGAUGAAAGAUGAAGUUAUCUGUAAAACAGCUGAAAUUCUAGAAAGUUUGAAUUGUGUCACUAAGGUGUCACUGAUAUGUCGUCAAAAGCACGCAGAUCCUCAUGAUGCUGUUAUUCAGUGUGUCCGGACAGAAAAUAUAGCUGGUACUCUUCAUCAUUUGGAUGCUUUAGGAUAUACAGAUGGUCCACCGGAAAGCUCAGAGUUUGGGGUUGUUGAUGGAGAAGAAAUUGAAGUACAAUACGAAUCUAAUUUGUAUUUCGAGUAUUAUCAAUAUUCUACCUUGAAGAUGAAAUUUUACAGCAAUCUUUCUGUCGAAAGAUAUUCAGGAAAUCUCCUAGUCCUUAACAAAGGCGACCAAGCCGAAGACGAUAAAUAUCACGGACAUUUUUCCUACAGUGUACUCCCUGGUCGGUUGUCCAUUCCAAGGCAAGGAACAUUUGUCUUAUAUGUGCCAAAGCCUUUAGAAGAAAACGUCACCAACUUUCCUUAUACAUUGGGUGUGCCAGUCAAGGCAUUGGCAAAGUUUAUUGCUUGGCAAAUUACUUGUACCAAUUCUAAUUCAACAAAAUGGGUAUGUCUUGGCAAAAAUCUAACAGAUGGGGACACACAGCUAUAUCAUCAAAUAUUGGAAAAUGUGAAAGAGCAACGGGAUAAUGCAGAAGAACGUGAACGUUGUGAAUUGUACAUUUUGUAUUGGUCCAACCACCAUGCACCAGAUGUUACUGACAAGAUAGCGAAGAUAAUAGCUGCUCAUCGUCAUACACAGUUAGAAGCAGAAGCAAAGCAAUUCAUAAAACCUUUCAUUCCAGGCAGAGGAAUUUUAUCAAAUGAUAACCUGGAAAAGAUGGCUUAUGUUUUAGCAAAGGAUUGGGAAGUUUUUGCAAAGAAACUAGGGUUUUCGAGUGAUGAUAUUAACAAAAUAAAAUCGAACCAACCUGGUGAAGUAAGACGUACACUAAGAGUGCUAGAUCUCUGGCGGCUGUCAGAUGGCGCUAUUCAAAAGGGAACAGAGUUGGUAAAGAGUUUGCACCAAGCUGCAAGGGCAGCUCAAUGUGGUGCAAAGUUACUAAGCAUGAUUUCUGAAGAUCUAUAACUGUAACAAGACGAUUUGAAACGUUGUUCUACUGUAAUGUUGUUGCUGAAAUAUUUGAUGUAUCCAAUAAUUAUUAUAUUGAUAUUCAUGUAUAUAUAUCUAUAUCAAACGUUUUUCUGCAUAAUACAGUGGUGUGUUAAAUAAUCUUCAUAAGGUACCGUAAAUUAUUUACUAUCGGUUGCCUAUGUCUAUGCAUUGCGAAAACACUUGUGGAUAUUUAAUGUCGUAGUUUUUGUAACUUCUUCAUGUAAAUCCAUAGAAAGUUUAUAUUUUGUUUAUACUUUCUUUUCCCAUGAAAUUCAUUAAACUAGUAUCAAACCAAAAGUAAUAAAUAUGUGGUUUAAAGUACUUAAUCCUUAUGUCGUGUCGUAUGUCCUUUAAUUGAACAGUAUCUACUAAAGGAAAAAAUUCAAACUUUUCCGAAAACACGUGUGGCUAAAACUGAAUGAGUUAUAGUUUGGUUUGUACAAGUUAUUCCUUGUGUUCCUGUUGUUCCUUUGUUUUCCUCUUAUAGUUGAUGUGUUUCCCUCGGUUUUGGUUUGUAACCCGGAUUUGUUUUCUCUCAAUCGAUAUAUGAUUUUUGAAAACCGGUAUACUACUGUUGCCUUUCUUUAUAGGCAUAAUCUCUGUUUGUGAUGUUUAUCUGCAAAUCAUUUUAUAUGCACUUUUGUUUGUCAAUUUUUCAAACAAUAGAAUAAUAGAAUAUUAUGGAUGUAUGUGACGUCACAAAUAUUCAUACUACGUACUUGGAUGCAAAUACGAAAACUUUAGUUAUCAGCCAGACCCUUUUAUUUUCCGUGUAAUUAAUAAAUAGUCAUAAUAUACAAAUGACAGCUUCUUUCCGUUACGAUAUUUAUGUUAUUAUAAUUGUCUUAGUUUGCCUAGCCGCAUUUUAGACUGGUGGUAGAAUUGAAGCAUCCAAUGCAAGAUAUCGCUUGAUUUGUAAAAGUAUAAUAUAUUACUAAUUUGUUAACACAAGGCUGUUUUUUAACCAGAUGCCGUCAAUAACCAGAUCAUUGUUUGAACAAUUUAUAUGCUUCAUUCGUGACCCAUGAAUAAGUUUAUGAGAAUUUAUUCAUGACAAAAAUAUUAAAGAAAAGGACUUUAUUUAGCUGUGCUUUUGUUUUCGAAUUUGUGAAUAUUUGUUUUUUAUCGCAAAUUAUUUCAAUUUUUGACAACACAUGUAGCUAUAUGUAUUUUGGUAUAAAGCCCGUUUCAAUUGGAUGAAAGAUAAAUGUUUGGAGGCUUCUUUGAAAGAAACUGGUUUAUUUCUUAAGUUGUACAGUUUUUGAUUAAUUUCAUUUAAAUUUGUAGAAUUGAAAAGUGUAAAUUAAGAGACGAAAUAAAUGCAAACACAGAAACGUUAAUGUAGAGACCUAAUAAUCCUAAAGAAUAUAUUGCUUUAGAUACAAAGGUUAUAGAUACCAAUCAUUUCAUUUUUGUGCACCUGAAAGAUAUCAGUUAAUUGUUUCUUUAUUUUUAUUAAAUAUUAUAAAACUG